AUGCGUUAUGACCCGGAAAUCCUACGUCUGGGCAGAGAGUCUGUGUUUGGGACGCAGUCUGGGCGGACACAGUCACCCCACAUCCGGCCCAGGCCUCAGGUACCCUCCGUCCUGACGGUCGGCAGCGCUGUCUCUCCGCGGCCCUGGGAAGGGCGUCUCCCAGCGGCCCCUGCGCAGGGUUCCCAGGCACGUCCCAUAACCCCCGUGGUCUCUGUGUGGACCCCGUCGCCCACCAGCACCCCCCAGCUCCUGUCACACAGCACGUCCCACACCCCCAUGGUCUCUGAAGCGCUAACACUGUGCCUCUCCUGUGUCCAGGCCACGCCGGACCGUCGGAACAUGUCCUCCCUGUUCUCUCAGAGCACAAAGAGCCUGGUCAGGGAGCUAGGCAGGAAGGGCGAGCUGCUGCCCGCAGACAGCCUCACCAACUCCCCACGCCUCCGCCCCUUCUGUCUGCUGAGGAAGAAGCACAAACGCCACCCAUGGCCUUGGGACACCCCCUUCAUUCCAACCGACUUCUCCCUCCUGGACAUGCUGGAGCCUGGCUGCCCGGUCCCAGGAGACAGUGACAGGAACGGUGACAGGGUGAAUGCUGGGCUGCUGGGGAAGGUGACGGGGAGCAGCAUGGUGACCCACAGCUCUGCCCUGGCCCUGCACACCCUCACGGUUUCCCCUCACACCUGGGAGACUCUGGUGGAGAAGAGGGAACUAGAAAGCCGGAAGGAGAGGGAGAGCCUGUACGUGGUGACAGAAGUUCUGGAGACCUCCCAGGAUGCCACGCUGCAGAGCCUGAGAUGUGCAGAGGGGGCAGGGCAGCUGUCCUUCCUCCAUCUGGGCCAUUGCAAGGGUCAAUGCCAGAGCCACCUGGCUAAAGAAAAGAUGGUGACCGUCCCGAAGGGCAGUGUCCUGGCCUACAGGGUGCUGCAGCUGGUGAUGGAGGCAGAGCACUGGGGGUAUUUCUCGUUUCCCUCCUUGGUCCCCACAGCCAUUCGUUACCUCCCGGACAGGAAUCUCUGUAGAGACGCCAUUGGAGGUGGGGCCCUGGGCGAGGAGCCCAACUUCCUGGGACUGCAGAGGCAGGUGGGUGCCCAGCUGCAGGACCUGGCCACGCUGACUCCUGAGCUGCGUCACUCUCUACUGGACUCCCUCCGAGAGCUGCUCAGGAUCCCUGGAGCACUGCAGGGGCUGGAGGACACGCUGGAGCAGGCCCUGUGUUCUGGGCAGUUGGUACAGCUGGGGGACUCCGGUCCUGUCCUGAGCACCCUCCUGGAUCCCUGUGGUAGCCUGUCACCCGAGAGAGGCAGGGCUGUCCUCUACCUCCUCGGAGCCCUCGUGGUGCUGAGUGACACCGAGCAUUGCCUGUUGGCCCAAUCUCUGGAGAGACACAUCGUACCCCAGCACCUGGAACUGGGUGAGGAUGCGGCCCUUGUGCUGAGCCUGGUGCAGAGCUGUGGGCUGGGGCGACAGGGGUCCGGCCUCCAGCUCAUCUGGGACCCGGAGGCGAUACCACAGCUCUCAGCGCUUUAUGGGGUCCUCACAGGGCUGCAGCUGCUGGACAGUCUAACACCCAGGCCCUCCAGGUUACCAUCGGAGGAGGGUAUCCCAGAAUGCUGA